AUGGCGGCGCCCGGGCGGCCCGUGCGCGGCCUGUUAGGGCUGGUGGCGACAGUCGGCCGUUGCUCCCGUGGCUACAGAGCGCCCCCGCCCCCGCGCCGCUCGCCGGGGCCCUGGUGGCCGGAUCCAGACGACCCCCUGACCCCGCGUUGGCAACUGGGGCCGCGCUACACGGCCAAACAGUUUGCGCGGCACGGCGCCGCCUCGGGAGUGGACUCGGGGUCCCUGUGGCCGUCGCGGGAACAGCUGCGCGAGCUGGAGGAAGAGGAGCGUGAAUGGUGCCCAAGCCUGGCGACCAUGCAGGAAUCGCUGCGCCUACAGCAGCUGGCAAAGGAGCAGAAGCGUCAGGCCAGGGAGCAGCUCAUUGCAGAGCGAAUGGCCAAGAUGCCACAGAUGAUUGCGAACUGGCAGCGACAACAGCAGGAGCGCAGGGAGAAGGCACAGGCAGACAAGGAGCGGCGGGCCCGUCUGCAAGCUGAGGCCCAGGAACGCUUGGGCUACCACGUGGACCCACGGAGCACCCGCUUCCAAGAGCUGCUGCAGGACCUGGAGAAGCAGGAGCGAAAGCGCCUCAAGGAGGAGAAACAAAGACAGAAGAAGGAGGCACGUGCUGCUGCAAUGGCUGCCAGUACAGCCCAGGACCCAGUCUCCACAGCACCCAGCUCCUGAGCUGUGUCCUUUCCCAAUAAAAUCUGUUAUCCCCAACCUCAGAGGGCUCUGUAUUGUGUGUGCCCCUCCUU